AUGCAGAGAAGAAAGCUUCUGCAAAUCUCCUUCUUUGUAAUCAGAAAAUCCCAUUUUUCAUCAUCUUCUAUCAAUUCUCUAACCAACCUCGACUUCCCGUCCUCAACAACCGGUGAAGAUGACGAUCCUCUCUACGCCGACGUACCCAAGCCUCGGAAGGAUAAAUCGGAGAGGAAACCGUAUCCGACCCCGAUGAAGGAGUUGAUUCGCCGCGCCAAGGAGGAGAAACAACUGAGAAAAUCACAGCCCUGCCGAGUCUUAGAAGAUCCGCCGGAUAACGGCUUACUCGUGCCGGAACUCGUACACGUGGCUCACAGAGUUCACCGAUGUCGCGCCUCGUUACUCUCCGGCCUCUCCAAAAUCAUUCAUCACAUUCCUGUUCAUCGCUGCAGAUUCUGCUCAGAGGUUCACAUAGGCAAGGAAGGUCAUGAAAUCAGGACCUGCACAGGCCCAGGGAGCGGAUCAAGAAGCGCGAAUCACGUCUGGAAAAGAGGAAGAGCGAGCGACGUCGUGUUGAUCCCGAAAUGUUAUCACCUCUACGACCGUGCUGUCAAACCGAGAGUUAUACACGACGAGAGAUUCACAGUCCCUAAAAUCUCUGCGGUUCUCGAGCUGUGCAUACAAGCAGGCGUAGACCUCGAAAAAUUCCCAUCGAAGAGAAGAUCGAAACCUGUUUACAGCAUUGAAGGACGGAUUGUAGAUUUCGAGGAAGUCAAUGAUGGGACUUCAGAAACCGCACUUACUACUACUACGAUUACUAAAGUUUUACAAGAUGAUCGUUGUGAUGCAGAGAAGAAAAGCUUGAAGGAAGUAAGCGUCGAGACUAUAGAGUCAUGGUUUGAAAUGGUUUCAGGGGUGAGGAAACUGAUGGAGAGGUACAAAGUGUGGACUUGUGGGUACUGUCCAGAGAUUCAGGUGGGUCCAAAGGGGCACAAAGUGAGGAUGUGUAAAGCCACGAAGCAUCAGAUGAGAGACGGAAUGCAUGCGUGGCAAGAAGCGACUAUCGACGAUGUCGUCGGUCCAAACUACGUGUGGCAUGUUCGUGAUCCUGGUGGCUCGGUUCUUGACAAUAGCUUGCAGAGGUUUUACGGGAAAGCUCCUGCGGUUGUGGAGCUGUGUGUGCAAGGUGGUGCACCUGUGCCUGACCAGUACAUGAGUAUGAUGAGGCUCGAUGUUGUUUACCCGCAACGUGAUGAAGUUGAUCUAGUCGCUUGA